CCUCCUCUCACAUCCACUUCUGAUUACUCCAGAUAAAACCUAAACAGCUAAGCAAAGACUUGCCCUUUCGUUAUCUCCAGUAGUUCCUACACUCGCAUCUAUUGCCUGAUGAAUUGAAACACGAACCCACUCUGCGUUGAAGAACUUUCUAGUAAUGGCGGAAUUGCAGCCAGGUAAUAGUAAUAAUCAGCAACCAAACGGAGGCGCUCCUCCUCCGCUUCCGUCAAACUCAGCAGAAACGCUUGCCAUUACCGCCGCCGGAUCGAAACGAUUAAGAAGACCAAGCGUUCGAUUAGGCGAAAUCGGCGGCGACCAGUACCACCAUCAACUCGCGGCGUACGAUUCGCAGGGGCGGAAACCGAAAUGGACGGCGACGGCGACGGGUAAUAGAAAAGAUACGAUCAAAUCGUCGGCGAGGACACGAGCCCUAGCGAAUUUGAGUUCUGGGUACGAGAAUAGCGGAACCCUAGAUGACGAAAGAGAAGGAAAUGUUGAUUCUUUUGGGGUUGGGAGUUGGCGGGUCAAGAAACGGGUCGGGUCAUCUACGGGUGCGAAGCGAGCCAGGUCCAAUUGGGUAUCGAAAGUUGGGGAAACCGAGCAUGGCGAUGAUAAAAUCAGCGGAGGGGAAGACUUGGAAGGUGGGUUUAGGGAUUUCAGCAGAGAAGAUUCAGAGAGUCCGAUAAAAGAGGAGUCUUUGGUGAGAGACGGUGGGUUUUACGGUAGAAGAAGAUACGAAAGCAACAAUAGCAGUGGGAACAGGGAGUUCGAGCUAUCAGAGCCGUCGCAUAUGGACGGAGUUGGUGGUGGCGGAGGAGGAGGAAGAGAAGGAGUGAAGAUAUGGUUGCAAGAGUUAGGGUUAGGGAGAUAUUGGCCUAUGUUUGAGAUACAUGAGGUUGAUGAAGAGGUUUUGCCAUUGUUGACAUUGGAAGAUUUGAAAGAUAUGGGGAUUAAUGCUGUUGGGUCGAGGAGGAAGAUGUUCUGUGCGAUUCAGAAGCUUGGUAGGGAGUUCUCAUGAGAGAGAGAGACAGAGUGGAGAAUUUUGAUAGCUUUAGCUACAGUAGUAUUAGUAGAAGUAGAAGUUGGAAAAGAAGAGGAUGAUGAAGAAGAGGAUGAUGAAGAAGAGGAAGAAGAAAGAAAAGAUUCCGAUUUGUUUCAGAAGAAGAGAUUUAAGGUGCCACAGAUGAUCCUUCAUGCUCUCUCAUUCGGAUGACUUUAGUACUUUGUUUGUUUGAGGGGCCUGAUCCGGUUUUUGGGGGCAGCAAGGGUAAAAUGGUGAGAGAAGAGAACAAUAAUAGAAUUCAUGACUUUGUACCAGCAAUGAGAGCCUAGAGCUAGAGGGACACACCAAAAGGACAAAACUAUGUGGAAAGAGGGAAACAAAAUAAUUUCGUGGAGCAAAGCAAAAGCACAAAUGUAAUCGAUAGCAUCUGUAAUUUGGGAGCAACAAUCUUAUAGAGGGAAACUAUACAAUUAACUCUGACAAAACCAAAGAAACAAAAA